GCCGGGGCGCCCCCCGCUCCGCGCCCUCGGAUUAGCUGCAGCUCACACCCGGGGGUUUGAAGCUGGACCCCGCGUGGGACCGCCCCAUCUCCGGCCUCUGACAGAGCGGCGGCCCCGCGGCCAAGAUGCUCGCGAAAGGUCACUAUGUGAAACUGUUCCUGGUACUUUGUGGUCUGGAGCUCCAGGUGGGCAUCUGCUGCCCUGUGGACUGUGUGUGCUACCCGGCGCCUAUGACUGUCAGCUGCCAGGCGCACAACUUUGCCGCCAUCCCCGAGGGCAUCCCCGAGGACAGCGAGCGCAUCUUCCUGCAGAAUAACCAGAUCGGCUUCCUCCUCCCGGGCCACUUCAGCCCCUCCAUGGUCACGCUCUGGAUCUACUCCAACAACAUCACCUCCAUCGACCCGGACACCUUCAAAGGCUUUGUGCACUUGGAGGAGCUGGACCUAGGGGACAACCGCCACCUGCGGACCUUGGCCCCGGAGACCUUCCAGGGCCUGGCCAAGCUCCACGCACUCUACCUGUACAAGUGCGGGCUCAGCUCCCUGCCUGCAGGCAUCUUCGGCGGCCUCCACAACCUCCAGUAUCUCUACCUGCAGGACAACCACAUCGAGUUUCUCCAGGACGACACUUUUGUGGAUCUGGUGAACCUCAGCCACUUGUUCCUUCAUGGCAAUAAACUCUGGAAACUCACCCAGAACACCUUCCGGGGCCUGGUCAACCUGGACCGCCUGCUCCUCCAUGAGAACCAGCUGCAGCUGGUGCAGCACCGGGCCUUCCACGACCUCCAGAGACUCACCACCCUCUUCCUUUUCAACAACAGCCUCUCUGAACUUCAGGGGGACUGUCUCACCUACCUGGGGGCCCUGGAGUUUCUCCGGCUCAACGGCAACCCCUGGGACUGCGGCUGCCGGGCCCGGUCGCUGUGGGAAUGGCUGCGGAGGUUCCGGGGGUCCAGCUCUAGCGUGCUCUGUGCUUCUCCCGAGACGUUGCAGGGCCGGGAUCUGAAGCUGCUCCAGGCCCAGGACUUCAGGAACUGUACAGGGGCUGAGUCUCUGAACCAGCUCAAGUCCCACACCCUCACCACCACCGACCGGGCAGCUCGCAAGGAGCAUCACCCUCCCCACGGCGGCCCCAAGGACAAGGGGUCCCAGCACAGCUUCCACGGCCACCAGCCUGGCUCCCGCCUGGGCUCCAAGAAGCCCGGAAAGAACUGUACCAACUACAGAAAUCGGAACCAGAUUUCCAAACCAGGGGCUGGUGGGGCCCGGAAAAAUGGCCACGAGGUCCAGGACUAUGUGCCAGACUACCACCACAAGUUCAACUUUGACAUGAUGCCCACAGCACGCCCCAAAAAGAAGGGCAAAUGCGCCCGGAGGACCCCCAUCCUUUCGCCCAGUGGGGUACAGCAGGCCUCCAGGGGCAACGCUCUCAGGGCCUCCCUCCUGGCGUGGAUCCUGGUGCUGGCGGUUACUCUCCGCUGAUAGCUCGGGAGGGCAGUUGGCGCAGGGCACUGCCACCUAUCUAUAAAGGAACAGAAUUUCUUUUUUCUUUUUUUCUACAUGGAGGAUUUGCCAGUUCCAGGGAAAGGAUGGCGGAGGCUUUGGCCAGUCUCCGUCCAUGGCCCGGUGGAUUAUCAAGCCCAAAACUGUACAGCACCCGCAGUGGAAGGGGAUUAGAGGCAUUACCAACCCAGCUGUCACAAAUGGCCCUGUCCGAGCACCCACUGAAACUGCCACCCAAGUGAGGAGAUUUAAAAAAAAAGAUUUUUUUUAAAAACACAAGCUAAUCCUUCAUUAGCAACAAAUGAACAAGUACACAGACAGGAGCUGUGUUCUCUACAAAAUCCUGUUAAUUUUAAGGGGGUAUCAAAGACCCUACCCUUCUGGGAUGGAGCAAGACAACUCUGAGAGAAUUGAGGAUGACCACGGAAGUCCUGAGCGUGUACACCCAGGGGAUGGCCCUCACAUGUACAAUCCUUGGACCCCCUCGGCCUCGUGGGGUUCGGGCCUCUCCCAUUCCUGUGUCUCAGGCAACACUGGCCUAUUGGCACUUAAUUGCUGGGCUCCUGAGGGGCCAACUACCAAAGGAAAGGUUGUGAGAGGCUGGAAUUUAAGACUUCCCUGGGAGAAACAAGGCCCUUGCAGAAGGUGGGGUUUCCUAACUGUUCACUUAUAUAUAUAUACUCUCUCUCUUUCUAUAUAUAUAAAUGCACAGGCCUUCCCCCUUCAGUUAUCAAACUGUACAUCUUAUAUCAUGUUUAUAAACUAUAAGGAAAUGAUACCUGCUGAAACUAAGGAUUGUAUUGGUCAAUUUUUAGUGGGGGAAAAGGUUCUAUAAUUUUUUUUUUUUGGUCUAGAAAAACUUGGUAGCCAUAUUUACAAAACCUGACCCUGGCCCAAUCCAAGGUUAGGGGGUGACUGUGGAGGAACUGGAAGGUGGCAAGAAUCACUUCAGGGGACCAAUGUUCUUAGUGGCUUAGGGCACUUUUUAUAUGCAAUGAAUUCCCAUCUACCUCCCCUCCCCCCCAACACCCCCUCACACCUCCUGAAGCAGCUUCUGUGCCCAAGGAGGGGAAAGAAAACCUAACAGCUUGUGGGCUUCCUAAUGAACCAGGCCCCUGGGGAAUGAACAGAGUGAGGAAGGGGAAUGGAAGAGGGUCGUUUUGUUGAUAAGUGAGGCCGUUUUAAACAGUGUUAGUCCAACAGGUGUGGACAGUGUAGCUAGCCUAGAAGUCACCUAUGAAGGGGGCAAGAGGACAGGAGCACAGAGGCUCGUACCCAGUCGUAAAACCCGACCGAUGACUUUCCUUAAGACUUGGGGAGAGAAAACCCUGGUAGAGAAGGGGAUUAGGCAGGAGGGCAGACACAUCACCAUGAAGCAUCACUGUGCUAAAUGCUGGGGAUACAAAGAAAGGCAAAGCCAGUCUCUGACCGCAAGGAGCUUACAUUCUAAUGGGGAGGAUAACAGGCAAAUAAUGUACAUGCAAGAGACAUACUGUGUUAAGUGGGGAGUAAUCUCAGAGGGAAGGCAUUAGCAGUAAUGGGGACCUCAGAUACUGGCCUAGACUCAAGGGGUCCCUGCAGGACAGAGCCCAAGAAGAAGGGGCCUUCACUCUUACCCUGCUUGAGAGUUAUUUCUCCUGAUUAACAGACUAAGGAGAUUUAAAGACCAGAAAUACUAAAUGGAAAAAACCUGCCGUAAGUAAUAGGAAUUAAGACAAGGAAGGGAAUAGAGGGUAGGAUGAGGGUCCAUUUCUAGCCUUGAUCCCAACACGGGCUGGAAGCACCCCCCCACCUUAGCACAACCCCACCUCAUCCCCCCCAAACAUGAGGGUUGCUGAUAUUUUUUCUGCAUUUUGCACAAACAGCAAACACAAAUUUCCCCAACGGAGAGGGUGUAAGAGGAAAGAAACACUGAAUCCAAUUAGGGAGAGAAAAACAAUAAAAAAAAUUAUCUUGGA